AACAAGUCCCACAUAGUCCACGAUGUCCUCAUCCGCAAACCCAAAUCAAGUAGUCACCCUAGUUUCUCGCCAUUCCGCCUUUCUACCUUUCGCCCUCAGUCGGUACAGACGCCAAUGGUUCCUCACCUAUCCGCGCCCGUACGGUAUGACGUCCCCGCAAGGCCAACGCAUCCACAGUAUGCUCAAUAUCCCCGACACAAGCGUUGAUGAAGCAUAUGCGCGUCGACACUUCUGGCUUUAUGACCCAGACUCUCUGCCUUAUGACCCUGAGAAGGACAGUGAGGAACGGUUCAUUGGGUCUCGCAUACACAUCCUCCUUGAUUCCGAAACGCCUGUUGUCAAACUUACCGGGCGCACACGCACCGAACGAUCCAAGUCUCCUAGAGACUACGGGAAAGAGUUUACGUGCUACGAGUUCGAGGUGUUGAUACCAGAUGAGGGCCUAUUGAGACAAUGUUAUUAUUGUUUCGCUUGGGAAGGGGAAGGCCGGAUGACACGUUUUACGGCCUGCGGAGACGAUGUGUUCUGGUGUGAAGAGUGCAAAGAACGAGGCAAGGUAGUUGCAUCCGUUAGCGGCAUUGCUGACAAGUUCUAUCGCGAUAUCCUCGCUCCCACUUUCGAUAGGAAUACUCUUGCCCGAGAUAGCUUGUACUAUUGCUGAACAAGUCCUACUGUUAAAAGAGGCCGGUCACGUGGAAGGGUAGACAAUCUGGCCUUCUGAUUGGCUGGCAGGUUCUCUAAGCGCCGACGGCCUUAACUCCAUUCGUUCUUUUCAUGUUCACUUCGUGAACUGUACUCUAACCCUCUUCCUCUUUCUCUCAAAUUCCGGACACUGCAGGGGUCAUAUAUUUAUCACAGAGGGGAAACAUGAACACGAUACUUUUCCUCAGUUCUGAAAAACACUUGGUAAAUAAUGGCAUUGUCAUAAAGCCGCUUUC